AUGGCCGACUCUGGUCUUACCUUCGACAAUGCCGAGCCCAUUGAUGACAUGGACUUCAACGAUGCUCUUCAAACAGCUUCCAACGACGAUCCCGACGACGACGUCUACGGCUCUAGCUUGUUGGCAGCGCACCAUGACCAAUUCAGGCUUGAUAGCUCCGAUAACGAUGAAUUUGAAGUUGAUGAGGACGAUGAUGACGAGACUGGCGACUACUACGACACCGCUGUUGGGAAGAAGCGCAAGCGUGUCCGCUUCGAGGCUCCUGACACCGAUCAGAACCACUCCAAGUUGACCGGCGUGCGUAUCAAGGCUGAAGGUAGCGAGUCCUUCCUUCUCGACGAAGACACCAAUCCGCUGGCUCACCACACAAGCUCUCGAGUAUUCGGCACGUUCGGCCGCCGCGGUCGGGAGAAGGGGGAAAGCCUCCCAGCUUAUCACAAGCGCGUGUCCGCUACCCUUGACUCUGACGAUGAGCUCAUGCUCGACAUGCGCGAAAAGGGCUUCAGUGAUCGCCAGAUAUCCGAGAAGCUCGCAAAGGAUGGCCGCGUUCGCUACGACCAGAAGUCCAUCUCUACCCGCAUCAUGCGCAUUCGCCUAGCUCAGGCUGAGAACUUCGAUUUCCUCCUGCGAGAAGGCUACAAAGAGUGGGGGUUUGAGGAUGACCAACAUCUUGCUCAAGCCUACGCCCUGGCCGACAUCGAGAUCAGCUACGAGAUUGAGCGCAUCCGCGCCUGGCGAUUCCGCAAAGUCUCCGAGUACAUGCGCCGCCUCGAUACAGACUCCCAUUUCAGCGCCAACGCCUGUCGUGUUCGCUAUGGUCAGCUCAUAUCCGGCACUGCGCGCAUCCCAUGCGAGGUAGAUGACGAUCCAGACACCCGCCGCGAAGAGCUCGAAGUCUUCCGCCUAUCACGCGCAGUAGAGCGAGAGAAGGAGAUCGCCGAGAAGGAAACCCGCGAAUCCCUAGAGAAGCGCGUAAAGGACGCAGUCAAGAUCAAGAAUGCUCAGAAGGCUGAGGAGAUUGCCAACCGGCGUGCAGCGAAAGAGCAGGAGAAGGCCGACCGAGCAUUGCAGCGCGCCGCCCAGGCACAGCUUCGCAUGCAAAAGGCGACUGAGAACCAGAAGGCUAAGACUGAGCGUAAUGCGCAGAUCAAGAAGGCCGCUGCGACAUCUAAGAAGCGUGGAAAGAGGGCAAAGAUCGAUGCAGACAUAGAUGCUCCGGCGAAAGCAACAGCAUCCAAAGCCAAGUCCUCGAAGGUUCCGAAGGAUGAGUCUGAGACCGCUGAUCCGCGCUCUUACCUCGACAUGACCGACCUCACUAAGCUUUGCGCCAAACGUGGUCUUCCCACCGACAGGACCAAGAAGGAACUCGUCUCUUCCCUCGUCGACGCCGAUAUGGAGUGGAACCACGAGCAGCUCAAGAAGAUGUGUAAGGCCAAGGGUCUCAAUAUGGGUGGCACUAAGACUGUCAUGUUUUACCAGCUUGCUCUCAGGGCGGCACAGAGCUACCCCAGCUUCGAGGCAGGCAUGCGAGUGGCAGAAGAGGACAAGGAUCAGGGUGGUGACGAGAUGAUUGUAGACGCCGAGUAG